AGUCAAUCCCUCAUUCUAAUAUUUUUUUCAUUUCUGAACUCCGAGAAAUAUAUAUCGGUGUGAAAAUUGACUCACUGGCAGCGUCACACCUCGACACAUAUCCUAAUACAAACAUUGAAAUAAUAAACACGAUUAGUUUGUCGUUUACCCAUUUACUGUUCAUAUUGGUUUGCUUGAUAAACAAACAAUGCGUGAUUGUGCCUCUAGAAUAUAAAUCUAAAAGUUAAAAACAUAGUUUAUCGAGUGAAUAUUAGUUAUUUUUUAUUCUACCGUAUUUAAAGUGACAAGAGUAACAGGAAGAGGUACGAUAUUUAAGGUAUCCCAGAUAAAUCUCGGAGAAAUGUCACCCGAGCCAAACCAAGAGUCUGUCGAUGAUUUGAAUACGGUGCAAUUGAAUGGUGCUAUAACAAGGAUGCCAGAGACUGACAGCGAGGAUGAGGACACUGGUAUGAGUGCAGGUUACAUGCCUCUUUCUCAGAUCCCUGUCGAGGGCGAACCACUGGAUGACGAGGACGACGAGGAUGAUUUUGGAUGGUCCUCUGCACCGAUGGAAGCAGAGCCAAACGUUUUAGUGCCAAACGAUCAUUCGGAUGUAGAUCCGGAAACAUUGGAGGUUUGGGCUUCGACGAGUAAUGCGACAAACAUCGACAUGGACGCGGACAAAAUAAGUCAGGUCAAGUCAGCCAUGGCUUCCUUUACUCUGCCCAGCACGGCAAUUCCUGAGUGGGCAAACACAAUAUCGGAGGAUCGGUGGAAGGAGCAGCUUAUCCACAGAAUAAAGGAGAUACAGAAAGAUAAAAAGUAAUACUUGGCGUCCUAAUUUUUUUUUUUAUUAUAAUUUUUUUUUUUUUCUUUAUACGUAAUUGUAAAUAUUUAACUUUGUUGAUGAGAAUACGAAAAAUUAGAUACAAAAUCGUGAAAUGUGUUUUUUUGUAUACGCUAAUAAUAGUCUUGUGUAUGAUGAGGGCAUACAUUAUGUAUACUCAUUACACAGAAAAAUUUUACGUCUGUUAAAUAAAUUAUGUAUAAUGUUACAAGAAUACAUCGUAAGGAAUUUAAAAAUCUGUUAAAGUAUAGAAACCUUAAUCGUAUUCAUUAAAAUUAUUGUACUACUAAGCCAAAAAAAGUACUG